AUGGAUGUCGAGCUACUGAGACCGGGCACUGUGCCUAUAUCGCCGGACACAGUGUUGUGGUUUGAAUUUCUAUUAGACCCUAAUUUGCUUAAAAGCCAUUUAAGUAAACCUAACCCAGAACCUUCAGCUUGCGAGUUAAUAGAAGAAUUUAUAAAUGUGGACACAAAACAGGCAACUUCUAAACCUACUAGUGAGAGGAUAGUUGAUGUAGAUGCUCCUCCGAGUCCACCAACACCCACACCUGGGCCUCUUCAAUUCACUAGGAAACAACUGGCAUUAAAGAUUUUAGCCUUAAAAGUAGCUGCUACAUUGCACUGGAAUUUAGAUAUAUUUGAAUCAAAGCUGCCACCACAAACUCAACAGCACCUGAUGCAGGAUCUAGUGUAUAUAGCUACAGAUACCAACUUUGCCAUUCCCCCUCAGGAUGUACCAGUGGAAAUGUUUCACAAACCGCAAGCCCAGUUUGCACUCACACUAUAUCACAGAUGGGUAUUGAGGUUUCCUGUUAAAGCUGCAUUGUAUUCAAAAUCCAAUAAAUUACCAUUUGUGCAUGUACCAGGUUUACAAGGAGAUACUGCUUUUAGUCCUUUAAAUCAAAACUUUGAAAAGAUCUUACGUAUGUGUGAAGCAUCACGAAUACAAAGUAUCAGAUAUUUAGACAGUGUACUAUCAUACUAUGAGACUACGCUUGGUAGAAAAGAUGCUAGGAAGAUAAAAAUUCCUGUAAUGGAAGCAUUUGUUCACCUCACAGAGGAUAGUAAUGAUAUGAAUCACAAUUGGAAUGCUGGUGAUACUGUUAUAAGCCAAUAUGAAUUAGCAAUGCAAAUACAUUUUGAUCUUUGCUACAAUUACUUUUUUUAUGGCCAACACGAUCUAGCGAAACAGCACAUUUUAGGUUGCAGAGAAAACUCUAACUUACUUGAGAAAGAGGUAGCAAGUUAUGGCUAUGGGCCACGUAAGACGGUACCAUGGGGUGAAUUUUAUUACGCUAGUACGACCAAGGACGACAUUUUGGGUUAUAUAAGAGCUUUGAACUUAGGUUAUGAGGUAUUGAACGAAGAGCCUUCAUUACUGCAAAAACUCCAGGAAUCUAUAGCAAACCAUUACACUGGCAUCAUAGGUAUAUUGCAAGCAGACAACCUAGCAAGAGUUAUUCCAAUGGUUCAUAGAGAUGUGGUCGAGCUCGAUAUUCAAGGUUCGGCUUCCAGUGGAGCGUUUACUGUGGCCAGGGAUCUUUUGAAUCGUGUUGCCGCUUUGAAUGCUGUAAGGUACUCUCUAGAAGGUGGUAUACCGUCUACGCAUCCAGAUUUUUUAAACAAACUUAAGGCGUCUGGUAUUAAAUUCUUUGAUCUGCUAUUAUGGGCUAUGGGUCCGGUACUAAUGUCUAACUUAUCAGAGAAGGAUUGGGAGAAUCUGCGAAUAUUUUUCCUUCAUCUCGCUACAUCGCAAUACAAGUUACCAAUCGAUAGGUUAGACGAAUAUCUGAAGAAAUACGUCGGGGAAGCCAGCGAGUCUAUCAGGAGAAAACUCAUAACAGACGAACAUCUCAAAGAAAUAUUGAACGACCCAAAUAAUAUUGACGAUGAGAACAUUGAUAUUCCAAAAGAACUGUUGACAGAUGACUGGGAAACACCAGACUUUGACUUUAAAUCUGUACCUGAACUGGAAAUGGGCAGAUUGAAGAAACGUCUUAUAGAGGCGUCUACCGCUGACGAUGUACGGAUGUGUCUUGUUAAACUGGCGAUGAUGUCUCCUACUUCACCGUUAUGGAAGCUGAGCCCAUCUUGGAAACCUCCCUCGAGCUUGGUUAAUGCGUUAAUGGCGUUGCCUCGAGGAUUUCUGCAAGACUUUGGGUAUAUCGUGUCGGGUACAGCAAGGGCUCGUUUGGAAGCAGGCUAUGCAAAAACUGCCUUAUCUCUUUUGUCUGCAUUAGAAGGAGAAGCUAGAAGUCAAUUGGGGGGAGGAUCUGAUCCCAAUUUAUAUAGACUUUGCCGGCAAUUGUCUUGGGAAGUUUUAUUGCUACAAGUUAAUGUCAUGUUAAGCGAAUGGCCCCACCAUCACAUCAAUCUAACUGUCCUGGCAAAUAAAUGUAAAGCAUGCAUCGCAGUAGCUACUUCAGGUGACAACAUUGUACCGCGACCUCAAGUGUUGGAGGCUUGUUGGACGUGCCUGUUGAACGCGUGCGAGUGGGAGGUGGCGGGUGUGAGCGGAGGUGCGGGGGAGACGUCCGCAGCGCUCUGUGCGGCGUGCUUUGAGUUACAGAGGGGGAAGGGGGCGAGGAAGUUCCCCCGAGCACUGUGGGACUAUGCGUUAUCAGUAUACAGUAACGGUUCGAACGUACCAGUCAAGCGUACCGCUGGUGGGAUGCCGGCUCAUUCACGCGACGCUCCGAAUGCGGCGGCCGAAGCCAGGAACGCCUUCAACACAUUCCUCACAACACUCAGAGAACCCCUCGCAAUCAGCGUCAUGAUGUCCCUACUAGCGAGGAUACAUAACCUCAUUAUAAACGAUAGUUCAUUGGAACUGAACGUGGAAUACACGAACCUCUGGCCGCCGAACAUCUCCAAUAUAAACAAUUAUAACUUGAAACAUGUCUUGGAAUCCCUAACUGAACUCCUCGAACGAAGUUUGAGGCUGUACCCUUACAAUACGUCAUGGCUACGUCUCUACGGUGAUGUGGAAAUGGCGGGUGGUAGAUGGGCGGCGGCGUUGCGUCGUUAUUUAUGUUCGUUAGCGGCGAACACGUGGCACUUCACUAAGCGCGCACCAGACGAGGGCAGCAUAGCGCGGCGCGCGGCACGCUGCUGCCAGGCGUUGUGCGCGCCCACUCAGGCCGCGGCCUUAUGUCAGCUGCCCGAUGAACCGGAUUACACUAUCGCCUUCAAGUGUCUCGCAGAAAAGACUGGUAACGCAGCGGACGCUAUGGACGGUUAUUAUGGUUGUCUAUGGGACGGGACUCUGUUGGAGGUUGGCGUGGCGCUCCACGCUCGUAGGGGCGAGGGAGGCAGGCGAGCUCGGGCUGUGAAGGCGGCCGGAGCCCUAGAACUGAACGCAAAUAAUAGCGAAGACAUACAAAGAGAGGCCGCCGCCAUACGAAGAGCUAGAUUACUAAGAGCACUCACCAACCAAUAUGUAGUGUGA